ACCCGGAUUGUCCGUGGAUAUUAUAAAUAUUUGGACACUCGGCCGGAGUCCGCUCAUUUGCGAACAUGGACUUCUUUGCGACGGGUGGAUUCCAGCAGCUUUACAGCGACUUGGAAGAGGAGCCACUGGCCGGCGGCGAUGCGCUGCUGAAUAUAGUCAGUGUUGGGGACUUCGAGAGCUCCUACGUGGACAGUAACUUGGCCGGCGGCAACUACAAUCAGCUGCAGUUCGAGGAGGCGGAUUACUAUGGCAUCAUCACCUUAGACAGCAAUAACAAUAAUAAUAAUAGUAACAAUAGUGGGAAUGUCCAGAUGGGCCUGCCUUUUGGGGAGGAUCCCUCACUGUUCAUCGACUUCAAUGACCUGACCGUUUGUCCGCCGGACUUGAGCGAUUGGGAGCAGCGGCUAUUGGAUAACUAUGUGGAGAUUCCGGAGCUGGUGGACUUUCUGCCGGAACGCACUCCCCUGUGCACGGAUAACUGCGCCGACUUUCUGGAGGAGAGCAACAGCAAUCUGCGGCUGUCGGGUCCGCCAGCCUCAGAGAUUUUCGAUCCCGAUCGGUCGACCUCAUCGCCCGGCAGCUGUGAUCCCGCCAGUCCUGCGGAUGCGAAUGCGGAUGCAGCGGCUGCUGCACCACCACCUGCCCUCCAGAUGAGUGAAAACGCCGCCGGCGAACGGGGCUACCUGUGCACCUUCGGGAACUGCGAAAAGAUCUACGCCAAGCCCGCGCAUCUAAAGGCGCAUUUGAGGAGGCAUCUGGGCGAGAAGCCCUACGUCUGCAGCUGGCCAGAUUGCGUCUGGCGGUUCUCCCGAUCCGACGAACUGGCCCGCCACAAGCGCUCCCAUUCGGGCGUGAAGCCCUACAAGUGCGACUACUGCUCCAAGUGCUUCGCCAGGUCGGAUCACCUCACCAAGCAUCGUAAGGUGCACGAACGAAGACUUCUGGCCGCCUCCAGAGCUGGCAGAUCCCUGAUCUCCGACGAUCUGUAUGCCGUGCGACCGGGUCGAAAGCGAAAGAACCAGUUAUAAGCAUUCCUUGGAAUCAAGGACAGG